AUGUGUGUAGGGAAGUGUACUCGGAUUGUGGGCCCCUGCCUCUUGACAUUGGGUACGCUCUCCAUCACGGCCAACAUCCUCCUCCUCUUUCCUGGCUGGGCAUGGAAGUAUCUGGCAGAUGGGCACAUCACCAAGCAGGCUAAGGAGGUGCCAGGCAUCUGGGGAGGAGGAAUAACUGUGCUGCUGGCAGCGACUCACAUCACAGCUGUGGGGUGGCGAUGCGUCGGCUGCUCUGACUGCGGCACCCGUGGGAAUGUGUUCCUCUCCGCCGUGCUAUCGAAGCUGGUUCUGCUGGGCUCUGCUGCCUGCUUCAUUAUGUCUGGGGUGGGCCUGACCAAUGGGCCCCUCUGCCUGUACAACACCUCCAUCCAUGAGCAAGGCCAUGGGCCCCACUGGGGUUACCCCUUCUUGGACCCAAACAGCCAGACUUUUGACACCAGGAUCUCCAUAAAAGUUGAAAAUUAUCUAUAUGACCGGAGUCUCUGGAGCAUCUGCCUGGAGCCUGUGGGCGUUGUAACCUGGAACAUCUGCUUUUUCUCCAUCCUGCUGCUCAUCAGUGCUGCUGAGAUGGUGCUAGCCUCUCUUCAGAUCAUCAAUGGCUGCUUUGGGUGCCUCUGUGGCUUUUGUGAUGGGAAAUAG